AUGGCGAAGUUGCAGCUGCGCGCGACGCUGCUCGCGACGGCCGGCGACAUCGCGGCUUCCGUCCUAGAGCUCCCUCUCCGCCGUUUCGCCUUACACAAGCGUGACGCGGAGGUUCUGGCAUGGCUUCCUGCAUCAACAGCUGAUGGCCAUCCAUGGCCCAGUGCCCUCCGUCGGGGGAGCUGUUGGUGCUCGCGUAGGCGGCAUGCUAGAGGAUGA